AUAGAGAAAGAGAGUGAAAGAAAAAAUGAUUCUGUUCUCUCUGGGUCCCGUCGAGCCCUGUCGUUCCUCUUCUCGAUCAAAUCGUAUGAAUAAUCGCAAGCUCGAGGGCUCUGCCCGAGCUCGAUUUUCGAAGGAGACGAGAAGGAGGCAACGCAAAUUCAACAAGGUGCAUACACUGCCGGGACAUUGGACACACAAGCUGGAGAGAACGUCGGCGACGCAGAUGAACGUCAUCAAUUUACAUUCCUCCUAUACGAUGAUAUUGCUCGGUAUUUUGACGUCGACGACGAUAAUCGGCCUCACGAGUUCCACUUCCUUGUCCUCGUACGAGAGAAGAGACUUGUUGGCUGACCGACCUAAAGUUUUCCUGCUGGUGGAUCAAAGAACACCAGAAUUGGAGAAUGAGAUGCUGGACUCAAGCAAUGAUCCUAGCGCAGUUGUGAGACGCACAAAGAGAAUCGGAUCCCUUUCGAUCGUCAACUCGUUGGAUGUGUUGAGACAGAGAAUGCUGUUGGAAUUGGCACGCAGGAAGGCUCUGCAGGAUCAGCAACUAAUCAACACGAAUUAUCAAUUCCUCGACACCGUCGGAAAGAGAUCGGUACCGGAAUACGGAGCAGACACCGGUAGAAUUACGACGAUCCAGCGGCAGCAGCAUGUAGAAAGUCGUGACCGGAGUGCAGCAUCCGAUCGAGCAACGAGCAAGAUGCAGCAGAAUUGGUUCGAGGAGAACGAUCCGGUCUUUCACGAGUCGCAGGACGAUCAAAUGACUAGAGCUAACGAGCUUCACCUGUUGUAACCGCGCCUCGACUUGCAGAGAAAGACUCCAGAAAUUCACUGGCAUCUCAGCUUUGUCGCAACUUAGGCUCGACUACCAUCAUCGUUGGGUUUCAUCGGCCGUUUCUCUUUCCGUUUAUCCGUUCCUCUAUUAGACUAAUAGUUGUGAACUCCGAUCACGCGAAGAUUUAUCCUUCUUCCUGGCGAGACGAAUACUGUCAAUCGCGAAAUUUUACGAAUUAGUGACUGAUAAAGGUGCAGAAUAUGCCUCACCGAAGAAUCAAAUUGGAAAAACGCGAAAAGAAAAACGAAUAAACCACGCAGUAUUCGAUUUCUCUUUAUAUUUUGCCGCUAAUUUCGCGUGCUUAUUUACUGCUCGAUUAAACCGUAAUAAUAUAUGAGACAUUCUUGUAUUUAGCCUCCUGAAAAUGGGUAGGAACGAGAAUCGCGAUAACGUCGCUCGACGACGCAGAUGCGAUAACAUGUGACAAAUUCGACCAUCGCGUGCAACCGAUCUACGAACAUUCAAGCUUCGGUAAAAGCUAUAGUCUCAUUCUCUCUCGCAUAUUCUCCUCGCUUUUAUCUAUCUACCUGUCUGCCUAUCUACCUAUUUAUCUACCUACACUUCGCACACGAAGAAAGAUGUAACGAAGCAGUAUUACGUAUUGUGAUUUCCUCUAAGCUCUUCUGUACUUCACAAUGACUACUUGAUAUACAAUGUCCUCAGUGCGUGCUUAACUUAAUUAACGAAGCGUCUCCGUCGUAGCUUUAUCGAUAAUACUCACUACGACCGGUCAGUCACGGUCACACAGAUCGACGUGAACAAGAAUGCGAGUCGGUCACGCUGAUCGCUCGCUCUUUUGUCAACGAUAAAUGUACAAAACAUAUAUUUAACUUGGUGGCAUCGAUAGUCUUCGUUUUUGCGUACAUAUAUGUAUACCUGGCAUCGGUGUUAUAUACGUGAGGUCACAUACUCACUAUACGCGCGACAUGUGUGUGUGUGUGUGUGUGUGUGUGUGUGUGUGUGUGUGUGUGUGUAGGUGUGUAUAUGUAUAUGUGUGAUGUAUGGGUGUGUGUAUAUUGUAGUUCGCAACUGCUGUUCAAACGAGAUUUAUUUUCUGCGUGUUUGUUGUUAAUCGACUAGAGGCUGUCGGCAAUACGCAAAUUCGAACGUAAUUAACAAUCUCUCGAGCCUCCAAUGAAAUAAAGCCGGCGGUCGGGUGCGCAUUGAUGUCUGUUUAUGUUGCAAAAGACUAUCGAGUACCGUACCGCACUGGAUAUUAAUAAGAUCUCCACGUGUAUAACAUACUGCUUUGAGUAUUUAUAAUUUUAUGAUCGCGUCGUCUUCUUGUAUCUUAUGUAUUUAUCUUAUGUAUUUAUUUGUAAUCUAUAAUACUGUGCUACAAUAAGUACAAGAACAGCAAGCAUACUUUGCGCGAAGAUAAGAUGUUUGGCAUCGUGUAACACAUUGAAGACUUUGCAAAAAAUGCGAUAGCAUGUGUAUUACUAACACAGUAUUGGUUAACACAGAUUCAUAUGAUGCUGUUGUGUUUCCAUCUGAAUAAUAUUUCCAUUUCUAAUUGUUUCAAUGUUUCCGUGCAAUUCUAGAACAUUUUGAAAAAUCCAAGAAAGAUGUAACUAAAUCUUUCAAUAAUCUAUAUCUCUCAAUGUUAGAAUCUAGAAUAGAUAUACUCUAUCCUUCAAAUAUUUUCUUAUGAUUAAAAGUUUUAAUUUAUACGACGUAAUCUGUCGAAACGAU